CGCGAACACAUAUCGUUCGUUGAUAACGUCUUUAAGAAUCGAGUGCGCGAAAAAAAACGCGGUCGCGAUUAUAUUGUAUUAAAAUUCAAUGAACAAUUAUCAUUAUCAAUAAUUUCAUCGUAUGUUUUAGUCAAUACUUGUAAAUCCAGGUUUUUAGUGCCUCUAGUGACAUUGGAGAUCGUGUUUACUGACGAUAAGGAAAUGGCGUUAUUCUAGAAACAUUCAACGACUUGUGGUCGAGCGCAUAGACUAGACACUACAUCAUGACCAAGAAAUUCGAAUUCAAUUGGCAGAUUCCCGUUCCGGAACCACUGUUACAGGGCGCGACGUUCGACAGGUGGACAGAAGAGAAGGACAACACCGAGUAUGAACAGAAUUGCCUGUUCAAAGUCGACGAGUACGGCUUCUUUAUAUAUUGGAAGAGUGAGGGAAAGGAUGGCGACGUCAUCGAACUGUGUCAAGUCAGCGACGUGCGGUCUGGAGGUGUGCCAAAGGAUACGAAACUGAACAACAAUCUGGUAAAUAAGCACGGUAACAAUCUGGAAGACAAGUCCCUAACGAUAUGCAGUGGAACCGACUACAUCAACAUCAAUUACCAGCACGUCGUCUGCCCGGAUGCGAACACUGCUAACGUUUGGUUGCAAGGGCUAAGAAAAAUCACCCAUAAUGUUAAGGCGAACAACGUGUGCCCUAUGACAUGUCUGAAGAAACAUUGGAUGCGUCUAUCAUUUCUGGUGGAUCCAAAAGGCAAAGUUCCAGUUAAAGUGGUCGCAAGAACUUUCGCUUCAGGAAAAACCGAAAAGUUGGUCUAUCAAUGUCUAUCCGAACUUGGUUUGCCGUCCGGUAAAAAUGAGUCAAUGGAAAAAGAGGCCUUUACCUUCGACAAGUUCUACGCUCUCUACCACAAGAUCUGUCCGAGGAAUGAUAUUGAAGAACUGUUUAGAUCUAUAACUCAAGGUAAAUCGGAUCGUAUAAACUUAGACCAAUUCGUGAACUUCUUGAAUGAGAAGCAGCGUGAUCCUCGCCUCAAUGAAAUCCUGUACCCACUUUAUGAUGAAAAACGAGCACUUGAGAUCAUCACCGACUACGAACAAGAUGAAGAAGCAAAGAAUGCUAAAUGUCUUACAAAAGAUGGACUCGUUCGUUACUUGAUGUCAGACGAGAACGCACCCGUGUUCCUCGAUCGAUUGGACUUCUACAUGGAAAUGGAUCAGCCAUUGUCUCAUUACUACAUCAAUUCCUCUCACAACACAUACCUUUCCGGAAGACAAUUUGGCGGCAAGAGCUCGGUGGAAAUGUACAGACAAGUGUUGCUAGCUGGAUGCCGGUGCGUCGAACUCGAUUGCUGGGACGGCAAGGGAGAAGACGAAGAACCAAUAAUAACUCACGGCAUGGCCAUGUGUACAGACAUACUGUUCAAAGACGUCAUAUACGCCCUUCGAGAUACCGCCUUUGUGGCCUCCGACUACCCUGUGAUAUUGUCCUUUGAGAACCAUUGCUGUAAAGCACAGCAGUAUAAGUUGGCGAAGUACUGCGAUGAAAUUCUUGGAGAUCUUUUGCUUAAAGAACCAUUGCCAGAAUAUCCAUUGGAGCCAGGAGUAGCCUUGCCCCCUCCGUGCGCCUUGAAACGUAAGAUCAUGAUCAAGAACAAGCGUCUCAAACCGGAAGUCGAGAAGCAAGAAUUGGAAUUGUUCAGACAGGGUCAGUUUGUUAUUGAAGAUGAGGUGAAAGAGGAUGCCUCUGCUGUCGUGAUGCCUGAGAAAAAGCCGGAGGAGAUCGUCGCGGAGGCGGCGACGGCCGGCGAGGACGCGCCGCCCCCCGUGCAGUACACCGGCUCCACCACCAACGUGCACCCCUGGCUGUCCUCCAUGGUCAACUACGCGCAGCCCAUCAAGUUCAUCAGCUUCGAGGAGGCCGAGAAGCGUAACAUUCACCACAACAUGUCUUCCUUCGCGGAAACGACUGGCAUGAACUACCUCAAGUCUCAGGCCAUUGACUUCGUGAACUACAAUAAAAGGCAAAUGUCCCGAAUCUACCCUAAAGGCACACGAGCUGAUUCUUCCAACUACAUGCCACAGGUGUUUUGGAACGCCGGCUGCCAGAUGGUGUCGCUGAACUUCCAGACAUCGGACCUGCCCAUGCAACUGAAUCAGGGCAAGUUCGAGUACAACGGUAACUGCGGCUACCUGCUGAAGCCGGACUUCAUGCGGCGAGCUGACCGCAGCUUCGACCCCUUCGCGGACGCCCCUGUCGACGGUGUCAUCGCGGCGCAGUGUGCCGUCCAGGUGAUCGCUGGCCAGUUUUUAUCGGACAAGAAGGUGGGCACGUACGUGGAGGUGGAUAUGUAUGGGCUGCCGUCCGAUACUAUCCGCAAGGAGUUCCGAACUCGCAUGGUGCCGGCUAACGGACUCAACCCAGUCUAUAACGAGGAGCCAUUUCUCUUCCGGAAGGUGGUUUUGCCAGACCUGGCGGUGUUACGUUUCGGCGUGUACGACGAGAACGGCAAGUUGCUCGGACAACGUAUAUUACCGCUGGACGGUCUACAGGCCGGAUACCGACACAUAUCGCUCCGGACUGAAGCCAACUUCCCCAUGUCCCUCCCCAUGCUGUUCUGUAACAUCGAGCUCAAGAUUUACGUGCCCGAUGGCUUUGAAGAUUUUAUGGCGGCUCUAUCCGACCCCCGCGCAUUUAUGGGCGCCGCCAAGGAAAGAACUGACAAUAUGAAACAGAUGGGCAUCGAAGAGAGCGGGCCGGAGAAAAAACCACAACAGGAGGAAAAGAAAGAGGAGCCGCUGGUAUUCGAACCCAUCACGGUAGAAAGCCUCCAGAAGGACAAAGGCUUCAUCAAAACUGGUCGUAAACAGCAGAAGGAUCUGGAGAUGAUGAAGAAACGUCACUCUAAGGAGAAGAUGACGUUGCAGAAACAGCAGUGCGCGGCGCUUGAAAAAAUGAUAAAAGGGAAAAACAAGGAGCAGCUCAGCACGGACAGCGCGUUCCGCACGCUGGUGGGCGAGCAGGCGACGGCGUGGAACGAGCUGGUGCGGCGGCAGCGCGCCGAGCUGAGCGGGGCGGCGCGCGCGCGUCUGGCGGAGCAGCGGGACCUGCUCAAGCGCUGCUGCGAGCAGGCGCAGCUCGCGCAGAUGAAGCAGCUGGAGGCCAAGCACGAGAGAGAAUUGAAAGAAAUGAAUACAAGGCAGGCUAAGAUCAGCGUGGAAACGAGCAAAGAAGUCGCAAACGACAAGACUCUGAAGACCAAGCAAGAGAAGGAUCGUCGACUCAGAGAGAAGAAGCAGAACAACACCAAGAAGUUCAUGGACGAACGCAAGAACCAGACGAUCAAACAGAACCGCGAGAAAGACAAGUUGAAAGCGACGCACGACAAGCAGAUGGAGGAACUGAACAAGGACAUUGAUAACCUGAUCGAGAUGUACAAGAUGAACGAGACCGAGUUCGAGAUGAUGAGUAAGACUGAAUUCUUUGCAUGAAAGUACCCUGACAUUGCUCCGCUACUGGAGCAAUUGACUUGUGCAAUGAGUGCUCAGUGAUUUACUUGCAGUGCUGAGUGUAUACUUACUGAGUGUAUGUUUACUGAGUAAUGUGAAAUAAGUAUAGAUAGAUCAACACGAUGCGUGGCGAUGUGUGUAUGUAAAUGUACUUUGUUUGUGUGUCAGUAUUGACUCGACACGCACACACACUCACGGUCUGUACACGCUUUACACACACACAACACAGCACGCUACGAUAGAUAUAAGUAUAUAUAUUAACUUGGGCUAGCUAGCUCUGUGCCAAGCCUAAACUAUAUUGGGUUUAAAAAUCACUGAAAAAAAUAUUGGAAAAUAUGUCGUAUCUUUUUGGGCAGUUAAAUAUGCAAUUGUAGUACCUUCUUUCUUUACUGCUACACUAUAUGUAUUUAUAUAGUAGAAUGUAUUUAUAUACAUGUAAG